AUGGAAGCUGGCGCCAGGCACAAGUCCUGUCCCAAAGCGUGGGGAGGCUUCAUCAAGCACAGCGCCUUGCGUCGGCAAUGGCAAAGCGCCUUGAGCGGCCUCCGCGGAAUGCAUCUGCAGGGCUUGGAGCCCAACACUGUCGCCUGGAACCUGGCAGCUGCGGCCUCCGGGCGAUGCCAGGAAUGGCAGAUCACUCUCAGGUUGUUAAGGAGUGCAAACGCGGCGGACGAGGUCACGUACAACACGGCCGCCAAGACAUCUUGUCACGCCUCAGUGUGGGAAAUUGGAUGCCGAUGUAUAGACAUCGCAUCACGUAGACGGCUACAGCCGGACAUGGUCUCCCACAACAUCCUGCUCAAUGGCAGCGGCAAGGCUGGCAGCUGGAGGAUAUGCUUGCAUGAAUUCGCCACCCGAGAAAUUGACCGUGAUGCAACUGCCAGCACGUCGGCUUUGAGCGCCUUGCGCUCUGAGCUGCUGUGGCAAGCAGGCAUGCAGCUUCUUUCAGAAUUCUUCCGUCAAGCCCUGCAGGCUGACGUUGCACUUCUUGGGACUGGAAUUGGUGCUGGUGCUGCGGGUGACAGAUGGCACUGCUCGUUGAAUUUAUUUUCUCGACUCCACUCGAUCAGCCUGCGUAUGGACAGCGUUUGCUUGGGAGCAUGUGCAAAUGGCUUUGUGCAGCAUGCGAACUGGCGCCAGGCCACCGGCUUAUCUAGAACCUCCGCAAGCAUUCAUGGGUAUACACUUCUCCAGGCAGUUCAUCUUGGAAUCCUGUUGAUGCAAGGGGAUUUCCACCUUAGCCCUGUCUUCUGCAAUUCCAUCCUCGGCGCGUUCCAAAAAUGCGGUCGCUGGGAGUCCGUGGGCGCCGCCCUGCGAGCUCUACGCCGCGUCGCUUGCUCGCCGGACAUCAUCGCAAUGAACGCUGCAGUUGCUGCAUGCGACAAGGGCUCAAGCUGGCAGCGUGCGACGUUGCUGCUUGGUGAAACUGCGGCUUUAGAUCUUCAGCCCGAUGCCAUUCUCAACAGUGCCGUUCUCACUGCUUGUCAGGAUACGGCAGAUUGGCAAAAGCAACUGCAGCACUUCUGGACGUCUUUUUGCGGUUGUCACGCGCCGUCUUUAGCUUUAUGCAAUGCCGUUCUGGAUGUUCUUCCUGCGUGGCAGCCGGCUCUGCACGUGCUGGGGCGGCUUCGACUGUGGCGUCUCCGUCCUAGUCAUGUAACUUGUGGAUCGUGUGUGCAAAGCCGUUCCACGUCAGGCCGCUGGCGUGAAAGCAAAGCGCUGCUGGACUCCUUCCUGGGCGAUCGGAGCUGGGGCUCGAGGAGUAACUUGAAGUCCAGCCAGGCAUGGUGUUCCGUUGUUCAAGUCUCGGGCAUUCCAUGGAAGGCAGCUUUGGAUAUCCUCUGCAAAGUCCGCGAAGACAGAAUUCAAGAGGACGCCACUCUUCUUGCCACGGUGGCCGCAGCCUGCGACGCCAACCAGCCGAGAGGAAAGCUACAGCCGAUACUUGCAGAUGUGGCCAUGACAGCACUGUCUGCCUUGUCUUUGAUCCUGCGGCGUGAUAGGGGGCAAAUGCAAAGCGUGCCUCCUGUCCGUCCGAACACCCCGAUCCCCAAGACCGGCAAGUACGUAAAACCGCACCUGAAAGAGGUUUACAAGUUCUUCCGUGAUGAGUGGGUCAACUGCAACGUCUUCCGCUCCCCUGGCCCGAUGCAGUUGGAUUCCUCCGGGGAUGUGGGUCCACUAUCUGAGAGACCCAUCACGCUACUCGCGGACUAUUUCAGUGUGGAUGAGCUGAAGCAGAUUGUCCAACCGAGAGCCCAGCCUGCCCCGCUGGUGAUGUGCAAAGAGCCGGUGGUCGUUCGGGAUGUUCGCCUCCGAGAGAACUUGAGUCUAUUGGAGCAGGAGAGGCUGAACUACGAGCCAGCUUUACCAGGCUACUUGCGUGACCGGGUCACAUGGCAGGAGGAUGAGCUGGCACCGCACUCUUGCGACAACAUUGAGGAGCUGGUCCAAUCCUUUCCCCUCAUCCAUUCCCACGUGUGCGCCAUACGGCUGGUCCCGCCCAUUGCAGCAGAGGGAGAUGAGGUUGAAACAUUAAUGUCAGAGCGAUCACCAACUUCGACAAUGAGGCAGACCGCAGCGGCAUCGGACUGCGGGAAGCCCAUGACUGUCGGCAUCGUCUUCGCAAGCAGUCAGGUCCCCGGCUACCAUCCAGUGAUUGCCGGGCUCUUCGAUUACCUGGAUGGCCUUCCGGGGCCAGCCAAACUCAUCGGCUUCUUUUGUGGGUACGAAGGCCUGCUGAAGGACCUCUGGGCACCGAUCACGAAGGACAUGGUCGACCAAUUCCGGAACUUGGGGGGCCAGGAUUUGUUGUGUCAGUUUGGCGAUCCCUCGACCCUCGCUUUCAAAGACCACCUGCAGGCUGCGAUCGAGACGAUUUCUCGUCACAAGCUGGAUGGCCUUGUGAUGGUCGGAAACGAAGCGAACCAGGUCGACUCGGCCUUCCUGGCCGAGGCUUGCGUGGCUUCUCGGCUGAGCACCAGGGUCAUCGGUGUGCCCGUAUCCUUGGACUGCAACUUCCCCUUCGUGCAGCAAACGAUUGGCUUUGACACGGUGACGAGAACUUUAUCUGCUUUCAUGGGCACGAUCGGGAACAUGGUCAAGACCUCGAGGAACAUGUGGAUUUUCGUCCGGACAAUGGGUGAUGCUUGGUCACACGUGGCAGUGCAGAUUGCGUUGCAAACCCAUGUCCACAUGGUUCUGCUGUCCGGAAGCCAGCUCUUGGGCCAGUAUCUGGUCAACAUCGUCUCGUGCCUGUGUGACCUCAUUGUGAGGCGUCAUGAUGCAGGCGAGGACUAUGGCAUCAUCAUGCUACCUGUGGGGUUUGUCAACGACAUCCUUGAGCUUCGCAUCUUGUUUUCCGAGCUGAUGGAAGUGAUGUCCAAGGACCACUACGAGCAAAGUUGGGAGUCCAUUCCCAAGAUAGCAGCCCGCCUCAAGCCGGCGACUGCUGCUUUGUUUGACGUGAUCCCGCGAGACGUACAGUUCGAAAUCUGCUUCGGUGGAAGAGAGAGGUACAUGAACAAGAUCGACUUCUCCACAAUUUCCACGGAUCGGCUUUUGCUUCGCUUCGUGGAGAUGGAGCUCCUCCGACGCCGACAGCUUGGUCACAUCUCCAAGGAUUUCUUCAACGGCAUGUGUUACCCGAUGGCGUACCAGGCGAGGUCGGCUAUGCCAACAAACUUCGAUUGCGAUUUGGCAUACACCCUGGGCUGGUCUGCGGGCAUCAUGGUGAACUUGGAGAAGACGGGGCAACUGGUGCAUGUCUCGCACUUGGAGAAGGACGUCAGCGAGUGGCGUGUGCGUGGACUUCCGCUGACGUGCUUAUUGCGAACCGAGUUCGAGGAAGAAACACAGGAAUACCGAAUCUUGCCCGCAUACGUGCACCUGCUCAAGCAGAGGAACGUGCGAAGACCAUUUGUCGACCUGCCCCCACCAAAGAACAGGACGAUACAAACUCUUGGUCCUGUGCAGUACACGCGAGAUACUCCUGAGCUGAGGACCACUUGGUACAUGGAGAAUCAACCUAUCCAGGACCCGACCGAAGCCCUGCGAGAAACUGCGUAUCUGUGCAGCGAGCUUCAGUCGACAAUGGCACUGGCCAAGGCAGAAUCGACUCUCUACGCGGUCAACAGUUUGCUGGACAAUGCGGUAUCCGUGCUGGACGCAUACAAGCGUCUGCACGACUCGAAGAAGCGGGGUCAGCGGUCCUUGGCAGAGGUCCCCAUGGAACACCUGGCAAAGGUGUGGACGACAAAGCACAUGGACAGAUCCGACCACCAAGGCUUGGAGCACAGGAGUCAUCACUCCACGCGGGGAGAGGUUCUCACGAAAAAGACCGACCUCGUUCUUGUCGGACACUUUGGCACACUUGCGACUGAGCUUUGUGAAGAAGCCAGGGCCGGAUUGAACCAAGUCUUCAUUUCAGUGUUUGACGCCGACUUUCACCUGGCGCCUGCGGGCCAUCUGGAGGGACUGGAGGAACAGGGCAAACGCGAACUCACUUUGUAUCACAGCUUACUCUGUGGCGAUUUGGGCGAUGAUUGGAGCUUUGCUCCUGAUGACGCAGCGGCUUUAGCUGCCGUUGAGGCCGACAGUGAGGGCAAUGGUUUCAGUGGAAGUUUGGAAUGGCGUCACCAAUGGAUAGCUGAGUCAGGAUUGUUGAGAACGGAGUUGCAUGGUCCCAAGGUUUGCAAGCCAGAGGGCCCGCCGUCAGAAACGACGCUGCGGAUCGAAAGGAAGUUGCUGUCCGCAGACAAGAUGAUGGUGCAGCUGCAGAUCGUAGAUGAGGAGGUGAAGGAUGUGUCACAAUGCAUUUACUGCAGGACUGCAGCAACCUCGACGACAGGGCCGUCGCCGGUGUCAUUCCUUCGUGCGCACGGGCGGCCACUGAAAACACUUGAGGAUCGUUUGACUGUGCUGGAUAAGGUCGGCCAGUUGGUUGCCGACAGCUGCGAGGAAAUCAGCCAGGCGCAGGCAACGGAUCGGGUUGUGCCUGAGAAGUUUCAUGGUUCUGCAAAGAUGAUCUUGGGGGGCAUUGCUUUCUACAAGAGCUUGCUGCCGGAGUGGGUGAAGCCGGAGCCUGUGGAAGACCUCGUCCCAGUUCCGUUGAAAGCAGGUGUGGAGGCGGAGUGGGCGAUAUACAACGAGCCCAAAGGGGUUUGUGUCAACAUAACGCCCUGGAAUGCCCCGGCGACCAUCAGUUUCGCCAAUACGAUUUCAAUGCUGGCGGCUGGGAAUCAUGUUGUCAUCAAACCCCCGGAGCUGGUUCCCACUGUUUCGGCAGUCCUGCGGCGACUCUGUCAAAGGUACCUGAGUGGCUAUGUGUGGGUCGAGGAGGGUGGAAAAGAGGUUGUCGAAAGGCUCAUUGAUGAAGGAGCUGAUCAUGUGUCCUUCACCGGCGGCGGCGAGAUUGCCAAGCUCGUGGCUGCUCGCUGUGGCCAGAUGUUGACCCCGAUGACUCUGGAGCUCGGCGGGAAGAGUCCGGCAUUUGUAGAUGCUGGGUUGGACGAGGGCAUGCUGCGCAGCAUCGUCCAAGAAAUUUUGGAGACCAAGGUUUUCAAGACGGGGCAGUUCUGCUGUGCGCACGAUUAUGUCUUGAUCCACGAAUCGGUCCUGUCUGCCUUCUGCCGUGUGUUCAAGGUCAUGGUUGAGGAUCUGGGUGCCAAGCGCAACGUGCGGAUGCUUGGAAGGAAGCAGUACAACAACAUGACCCGGCUGUUUCACGACUGUCAAGCGGAGUGCAUUCCACCAAUCAGCGACAAGUAUGGCUUCCACGAUGAGGCGAUGUCCGUGCCGAUGACUGGAAUUCUCGCACCUGCACGAGAUCGAGCUGUCCUUCAGCAAGAAAUUUUCGGACCCCUGCUGCCCAUCCUGCCUGUCCGGGAUGUACAGGAGGCUAUUUGCAUCAUCAAUGCCGUCGCUACCAAGCCCUUGAUUGCAUAUUGCUAUACCCAGGAAUCACAGGUUGAGGCAGAAUUUGUCAACAACGUGCCCGCUGGCAACAUUGCCGUAAAUGGAGGGCCUAUGCGCAUGAUCUCCAAUUACGCUGCCAACUUUGGUGGAACAGGGCCAAGUGGCAUGGGUGCUGGCUUCUGGGGGAGGGACGGUCUGAAGGAGUUUUCCAAUCGGAAGCACGUCAUGUGUGGCCGCAACGGGUUCGCAAGGUCGUUCUUUUCCGGUCCGCCGCCCCCAGCGUAG